AUGUCUUCCAGAACACCAUGCCACGCGAGCAGCAUCCUGCGCCAGGUUGCCCGGGCGUCACGAGCACCCAUCACGGCCUCCCGAGCCUUCUCGACCUCGUCCACACAAUAUGCCACUGCGGCCGUGGCUUCGUCUACUCAGUACUUCCUCUGCAUGCGACAACUGCUGCUACACUCACCCUGGAACGUCUGUGGAGACGCUCACGCGACACUUGCCCCUGUGAAGUCCCAGCUGGUGGACAAUCUGCCCAAGCGGUUCCAGGGCAUCAAGUUUGGCAUCCAAUUGUCUCCUUCUUCGACGCCAAGGCCGCCUCGACAAAAAACGCCCCUCGUCCACGACCUGUCCGAGGCAGCCUACAACAGCAUCAAGGAGAUCGAGGUUCCCGAGAGCUCAGCGUACGCCGAGGUCGCGCCCCUCCUCGUCGGCCCGACCGCCGCCCUUGUCUUCCCUGCCGUGUCGCCGGCGCACCUUGCCGCAGCGUUCAAGGUCCUCGCACCGGGACCGGCUGGCAGCGCCACGGCGCCGCCGACACGCUUCCAAGAACCCCGGCUACUACGAGCCGCUGUGCCAGAACGGUCUGGCGAAGUUGCUGCUCUCCGGCGGCCGGCCGAGGCAGCGUCUUUGACUUGA